AUGGCCGAGUACUUGCAGAUAUUCAACCUUGAUCUCCAGGCUAGAAUUCAUUACGCUUCCAAUGACUCUCGCUCCCACAUAGCUGAGCAAGUGAUGAGGAGCCUCAAUGAAGCCACUGGCGAUGGAAGAUCCAUCCCAAUACCUAGACUUCCUCUGUUUGAUGGUUUAAGCAAGGGGCAGAUUUAUGGGCUAACUCAAGACGAAUUCAAAAGCCUGGAGCAACAAAGACAAAAAGAAAUUUCCAUACAAUGUGCAAAGGACAUAGCGAACCGCUAUGAGGGUAAAAAAUGUAUGGGUACAACAAUACAUGCCCUGACUCCGGCAUGUGACGUUUCUGACAGUUUCUUUUUUGAUGAUGAAUUUAUACAGAGAUUUCACCAUGCAACUCCUUCCAUGCAGGAAGGUUGUGCAGGUAGUGAGUACUAUUCAAAACAGCUCAAGUUUGUGGAAGAGCAUUACAUACUUUACGAUGGAGGUAUUGAAGGAAUACGAAAUGGCUGCCAAGUUUCAGGAAAAAUGUGUGAGAUACACCGAAAUGUAUUAGGUUGUGAUUGGCGGGGAGCCCCAGUUAAUAGAGUGCCUGCUCCUGUCCCAUCUGAUUUCAAGGAUGAAUUUCAAUACACCAUCCCAGAUUUAAGCUUCGUUCCUGGCAAGAUAACUUCAAUUCCAAAUGUGGACGAGUUUUGUCCCAGGGUGAAAAUUGAAGAGACUGUCAAAGAAAUAGGACCUCUAGAUAUUCAACAUUCUAACACAAUAAACGAUGAUGGUUCUAUCAGCAAGUUCUGGAACGACAAUAAUGACACACUUAACAAAAUGUUGGGAAGUGUGGAUGAAAUAACGGAGAAAUUCACUGGUGAAGAUCUCCGACCAGCAGUAGAGUACGAGAUGAAAAAAAGGCAUCAGCAAAUGGUUAAGGCUCACACCAAGAAAACCAAACGAGCCUCUGAUAAGGAAAAGGAGAUGUCCAAAUCUGUGUAUGACAUUGAUUGGGCAGACCUUAUUAAAUCUGGGUCGCUUGAGAAAUUGUAUGUUUCACAACUGGAUAAAUACUUAAACAAAGUGGCAGGAUUCUCAAAAAUGCAGAUAUCUGAGAAGGGAUUCACAAAGGACAAAAAAGCAGAGGCCAUAAAAAGGCAUUUUUAUCAAGAAGGGAAGGGCAAUUCUGCUCCUAUUAUUACAACUACCUCAAGUAAUCCUACUUCUACUGUUCCUGCAGAAACAACCACAGCCACCGAUGCUGCUGCUGUUCCUCCUUCAACCACUACUACCAAUACUUUUGCAGCAGCUGCUACCGCCAGUAGAACUUUCUCUGCUACUGUUCAUUCUGCAAGUAGCUUUAAUGUUUUACCAUGGGGCGGUGACUUACACGUGCAAGGAAGAACAAUUGUGUUAGUAAAUACAUGCCCUAUUGACAACUGUUUGAUGAUAUUUUAUCUUCUCUUUAAAGAGUCACAAGAGAUAAAAAAUCUUUUCACAAGCAGUUAUGAACUGGUGGCACAAACCUUGUGCAGAUGUUUUGACCUUAUUGAUAAUGGAGAAUAUGGCAAAGCAAAGUUAGAGUGGCUUGCCUUGAAUCCUGGCAUGCAUCCCGCUGCAUCAGGACUACUGAAUGCCUGGGCAAAUGAAGAGAAUCUAUUCACACAGCAUCUUAUGCCAUUCAUGAGGUCUUGCGCGUCUUCUUCCUGCAAUUCACCCAUGUGUCCAUUGCCUGGCGUGCAUUUAAGAUGGGGAAACACAGUUGCUCUCAAGUGAGGUUCCAUAAAGCAUAAUUAUUACAACAUAAUUCAGUUAUUUGAUAAAGAAGAAUAGAGCUAGAUAUCAAUAAGUGUUUAUACAAUUAUUUAACUUUAUAAUUUCUCCUGAAUUGCAUAAAACUAUAUUGUUAAAUUUUCCUCCAAUUGGAUUUUAUAUUGGAAAAUGGAGGCUAUAUCACGGCGACCAAAGUUCUUAUUGUUCUCGCUUCAAUUUUAGCAUUCAGAACUACUGCUCUCCCGGAUAUAGUCUGUUGGAGUCUAUACUCCAAUCGUGGGUUGUGUGUAGCAAGCAAACGCGCUGUAGUAGGCGAUUCCCGGUGCAACGUGUCCCAUCUGGGGCUCCAUUUUUUCUUGGGACUUCAACGAGUCAAGAUUCCAGUGGAAGACACAUGUAAGUUAACAUUGUAUUAUAUUAUUUAUUACUGUACGUAUUUAUAAUAGAGAUGCAUAUUCCUCUAGAUAAAAUAAUGGCAAUUAAUUUCUGUUUUUAAGAGUGACACAACAUGCUUACUGUGAUGGCAUUAGAACUCAAUCCAAUCGCCAGUUUCCUGACGGUGCACCAAAAUUCUUGGCAAUCAAUGUCGAGUUCUUAGUAACUGCAGGUGUUUUGGAGGAGAAGGAUAUUCUAGAUAAUAUCCAGUUCCUUGGCAGAAGGUAGGUUGGUAAAACGUGUUAUGUAUGAGCAGGGACACUGUAUGAGUUGUCACAGCGAUAAAUGCAUUUUUUAGGAGCAGGCAACUUAAAAGAGACAUUUGAAUGUCCAUAUAGCUUCAGACGAAGUUCCUUAAUAUAUUCGAUUUCAUUGAAAUCUACAUUUAUUGCCACUAAUUUUAAGUUUUCGUUUCAGGUACCGCCUAUAUGCAGUAACAUAUUAUCUCAAUAACCACUACACAUGCAAGAUCUUUUUCAAUGGUGGGUGGCUGUAUUAUGACGGCCUGAAAGAAAAGAACAACCGUGGUGCAGGUCUACAGCCCUUCGUCUCAGUGCAUGGAAAUCCAUCACAUUGUAUAUACGUAUAAUGAAAAGGCCAGAAUAAUAUAUGUAUAAUAAAAAGGUCAGAAUACUGCCGUUGGAACCUCUAUUAAUUAAACCUACGAUAGCGGUAAUCAUGAGUGGGAAAAAAAUUUCCUGCAGCGGAAUACAUUGCGAAAAAAAUAUCUUGCGCUGCACUUUUACGCGAAAAAAAUAUCUGGCUUGUUCGCUUGAGUAGAAAAAAAGUUCUUGCAUGGACUGAAUCUUCCCCCCCCCCCCCCCCUCAAAAAUCAAAUGGUCCGCCCCUAAGGAACUGUGGAUGCAGGUUGCUAUCAAAGCAAUUACUGGCUGAUAAAUUAUUGGAAAAUAUGCCCUAAUGUGUUCAGGAGGGCGUUCAAUCGGGCUUCAACAUUGCUCUCUUCCACUGACUCGUCAAAAGCAGCAUUUAUAAUCCAAUAAUAAUUUAUAUAUAAAUAAAGAAAAGCACUUUAGAAAUUGCAUUUAUGCUAAGCAUGGUAAGAUUCACAAUAACCAUGUGGUCAUCCAUUUCGCCUUGCUUUAUCGCACGUAUCUAUACGUUAAAUGCUAUUUUAAAACUGUAAUCUGUAUAUGCAAAAAAUUCAGUGCUUACAACUACAUUCAAACAACUGUGUGCGCUAUAUCUUACAAUAGCUAUAUAGAAAUUAAAGAUAUCAUGGAGACAAAUAAUUAUCAUAUGGCCAACACGGCAACCUCAGCAUCCAUUAGAGAGUUUUAGCUUGACGUUUACGGCAAACGUCAAACCGCUAACGAAGUUUUUGAUUUUACAACUUUAUUAUAACAGCUUUUACACCAGUUUUGAAAUAUAUUAAACAAUUAUUAUUAAACUUGUGUUCUUAGCAAUGAUUAAAGAAAGCAAAUUAACCACUAGUCACGUAUUCACCAAAGCAGUAAAUUAAGAUUUGGCGUUUUGAAGUUCACGUUUGGCGUAUAAAUUUCAUGCUUGAACUGCUACGAAGGGUUGUAGUCGUUAAAGCAUGAAAUUUAUACACCAAACGUAAACUUCAAACGCCAAAUCUUAAUUUACUGCUUUGGUGAAUACGUGACUAGUGGUUAAUUUGCUUUCUUAAAUCAUUGCUAAGAACACAAGUUUAAUAAUUGUUUAAUAUAUUUCAAAACUGGUGUAAAAGCUGUCAUGGGCGUACCGGAAGGAAAAAUUUAGGGGGGCGGAAAGAAAUUUGCCCGACUUUUUCGGAUUUUGCCCGACUAAAAAAUUUUUCCGGAAUUUAUUUUGGCGACCUCUCCCCCCCCCCCGUCGCCAAAAAAAUUUCGGUCAGUGUACCAUUUUAGGGGUCAAAAUAUUUUUUCGGACAUACCAAAAUUUUCCGGAACCUAACACAAUUUUCGAAACAUCACAAAAUUUACCACAAAAUUUACAGAAUUUGUCUCAUUUUUUUUUGGCGGCAGCCCCCCCCCCCAACAAACUGGGGGGCUGCCGCCCCCCGCCCGGUACGCCCAUGAAAGCUGUGAUAAUAAAGUUGUAAAAUCAAAAACUUCAUUAGCGGUUUGACGUUUGCCGUAAACGUCAAGCUAAAACUCUCUAAUAAGAGUCACCAAUUUUGCGUAGGUUGAGUCACGAUAAUGAUAUUAAUGAGGCUUUACGUUCGCUUAUGUGCUUCCGUGCAGGUCAACUAAUGAGACUAUAUGUUCGUUUUCGUUGACUGUGCAUGCAUGUUAACAGCUAACUGAACACCAGAAAGUUUCGGAUUGAGAAGGAUUCAACUACCUGAAAAAUACAAGUAAAACUUCAAUGUUUCGAGCGAAGGUUGGGAAUCAUGCAGAUAGUUGAAUUCAGUGUUCAAGAACUGUUCGAUUUAGAGUGGUUUGUGGACCACAUGCACUUAUUUAUAGAUUUGUUUGUGGAGUAACGCAGUAAUAUUCAUGAAACAACAGCAAUUAAUAAUAUGCUGAUGCUGUUUAAGCUAGACUAGUCCAUUCUGGAAUAUCUGAUCAUGAUACGUUUAACACUAAAUGUUUCGAAAUAGUGAAUAUAGGCUACAUGACAACCAAUUCAGAUGCUACAGAAUAUAAUUAUAGCAGCUGUAUAACCGUUGCCAUAUACUUAAAUUAAAUGAAAUUUGAAUUUUAGUCAAAUUCCUAUCAUUCCUACACGUUCAGUAGCAUGCCAGCAUACCUCACUUUACACUCCUGCACGUUCAGUAGCAUACCACAAUUAGUUGAGUUUUCACGGGCUCAUGCUCAUUAAAUUAAAUGAAUAUGCGGCGGCCGCCGCCAUUCAAAUAGGAAAAUUAAUCACAACCUAAAAAUUUUAAAUGAUAAGUUACUAUAUAUAGAACACGUCUCGGCAUGGUGUUCACUCUCGAACAGUUACCUACACGUAGCAUAUUAUCUGCACGUACAGUACGAUGAAUAAAUAAUCUGAACGUACUUAUAAUUAUAUAGAUGCGAGCAACUCGAAUCUUUUUUCAGUUCGCGCUUUCCUUUGCUAAUAAGCGCAUCGAGUUCAGAGUUUUGCAAAAUCUAAACUAUGCUGCUCAACUCCAAAACGUUUACGUCUUUUUUCCAAUGGCUCAAAACGAAUAUUCUGUUUGUGUUGCUGCUGUUCGGAGUGAUUUUUGGAUUUCUCGCAGGAUUUCUCGUCAACAAAAUGGUACAGAACUCAACCAACCCCACACCAAAAGAGUUGGCCAUGUUCAUCUCGUUUCCUGGUGAACUUUUCCUGAGAAUGCUGCAACUCUUGGUAUUACCUUUCGUUGUCUCAAGUGUUAUCAUCUCAUUGGCCACAUUGGACAAAAAAUCCGCAACUAAACUUGGAAAAACAGCAUUUAUUUAUUUUUUCCUAACAAGUCUUAUUGCAGUUGUCCUUGCUGUCGUCCUAGCAACUCUUUUCUUGAAACCAAACGUCCACGAAACUCAGAAACUCUAAAAACCCAAAGGAUCUAGUGCCAUUCAUGCCAUUUUGGAUAUGCUUAGGUAUAACUACAGUAAAUAAAAUAGCUCAUGACAGUUUAAUUAUAUGGGAUAUAAGAUAACCUAAUGUGGUGAUUUGCCUUUUAAUGUUUGAACAAGCAAGCUGGUUUAAUUUGAAAACAUCUCAUAGCGUUAAAUAAUUAACAUAAUUUAUUUCUUUAAUUAUUUCAGAAACAUGGUUCCUGACAAUAUUGUGGAAGCAAGCUUCUCAUCGGUAAGUAGCCUAAAUGAUACGAUAAUAUUAUAUUAAUUUUGAAUUCAUUCAUUAAUAGCCUGUCACGAUAUACGUAUAUAGAGUUAAGGUUACUGCUCGCCAACACAUUUCAUAGAUUUAAAAAGCCAAGGUGAUUUAAAGGUAAAACCAAGGUAUUCCAUACAUUAAAUUUUAUAAAACUUUUAGACUGGUACGAAGCAUAAAAUCAUACCGACAGAAUAUAAAUUCGUGAAUAAAACAACUGCUGGUGUGAAAUCGUCUGCUAAAAAUGUGUCGUCGUUUCUAAAGACUGAAAUAAUUAACCCAUGGGGUAUGUCAAGUGACAAUGUGCAAGUGAUCAAAGGAGAAAAUGCAAUUUCCGAAUAUGAUGGCCAAGAGAAGUACAAUUCAGCAAAUAUUUUGGGCAUUCUUACAUUUUCGGUUGUUUGUGGUGUAAUCUUGCACACUCUUGGAGAAGAAGGAAAACCAUUGGUAUCCUGGUUUGAUUGUUUGUUUAAUGGUGGACUUAUUCAUGUGGUAGGUAUUAACUAGCUAUUGUCAACUUCUAUUUUGAUAGAAAAUGUAAUCAUUUUGUGCAGUUUGCUUUUUCUUAUGCAGUUCUAUACCGUUUUUUAUUUUAUUUUGAUUAAUUAAUCAUAUACAUGCUGAAAUUAUUUUAUGUUUGUGGGAAACACUACGAUUGAUUAUGAUCUGUGAUCCAGAUUUAAGUCGAACAUUUCAUUGAAAAAAAGCAAUGCAUGGACAUUGUAUAGAUGCCAUAAAUAUGUGCAAGAACAUUAAAUCAUUAAUAUUUAGAUAUUGCUUCUACUUUUCUUUCACUCUUGCUCUUUUCAAUAUAGGUUUAAUUUCUUUUCAUUUAAUUAUUUAAACACGUAUUUGAAAUUAUCAUGCAUUUUAUAUCUGCCUAAAUGAAAAUCUUCUCCUGAAAUAAAGGUUUUCACCCAUUGGUAUUGGUUGUAUUAUUGCUGGUGAGUUAGCCGCCAUGAAAGAUAUCAAUGGGAAUGUUUCCAGUCUUGGACUGUAUAUUGCAAUGGUGGUUAUCAUAUCCCUGCUUCACUCUUUAGUGGUCCUACCAGUUAUAUACUUUACACUGUUAAGAAGUAAUCCAUUCCUUCUGCUAAGUCGUGUCUCCAAGGCGCUACUGACUGCCUUUGGAACGGCUUCAAGGUGAGAAUGAAUUAAUGUAAAUUAUUCAUAUUGGUCAUGCACUUACUAUAUUUAGUAAGGGUGACACUAUAAUAGUAAUGAAUUAAAUGUUGCACUCAAGCAUAUGUAGACUUGUUAUUGAAUAAUAAACGUUAAUUAACAUCUUAAAAUAGUCUUUUUCUAUGAUUCUUAUUUUAGCUCUGCAACCAUUCCUCUUACACUAAAUUGCCUUGAAAAGAAUCACAAACUUGAUCCCCGUGUCACUCAAUUUGUUCUUCCAAUUGGAACGACAGUAAACAAAGACGGAACUGCAAUAUAUAUUGCUGUGGCUGCGAUCUAUAUUGUGAAAAUUUACCAUGGAAAUGCUUCUAACUUCGGUUCUGCUGUCUUAAUAUGGUAGGUAAUUCUCCUUGAAGCUUACUAUACUGCAUACUAUGCGAUUGUAUAUAUAGUCUAUUUAUUCGAGAUUCCCUGGUUGAGUACCUACAUGAAUGUCAAACGAAAAACGAAAAGAGCCACACAUUGUAAAUAUUUGAGAUGCAGCUGAUAUGAUUUCAUGUCAAGAUGCUGAUUAUUCCAAAUGUACACAAUACAAUUUAAAUGUGUGGGUGGAGCCCAGACAUUCCUUUUUUAUCUCAUAUAAAUUUAUCUCCAUUCAAGCCAAUAAUUAUAUAGUAUAUAUGUUUGACCUCACGUAUAUUUAAACACUGGAUAUCAAACAUUGCAGAGCAAAAUUAAAUAUCAAUGUCGCGCAAAACCAUGGCCAUGUUCACACACAAAGAUAUGAAUAACAAAAUAUCUAGCAAUUUUGCAACUUAGCGAGCCUGACAAUUUAAUAUUCCUGUGUUUGUAUUUUUCAGUUUCGCAGCGACAUUGGCAUCAGUGGCUGCAGCACCAAUCACUGGAUCAGUACCUAUAGUAACGAGAACUAUAGUGUUACAAGUCAUUGGUAUUUCUUCAGCUGACAUUGCAUUGAUACUUGCUGUAGAUUGGCUAAUGUAAGUAACUAUCUACCUUAAAGUUUGUUUAAUUUUAAAUUAUAAAGUUAAAUCAAGAAUCGGUUAGCGAAAGUUGGCUUGCUUUUUUCUAAUAUUUUCCUAAAUUAAACAAAAAAGCAAAAACAGUUAAUACAGAAUAAAGCCCAUGCGUAUAACUGCACGAAUUAUAGAAAGCGCCUGCAUGUCAAAGGCAAUGACGGAAUCUUGCUGACUUGUUUGCUAUGCUGUUGAAAUACUGUAGCUCACUUAACUUUUCGUCCUAUUAAUUUUAUUAUGUAGGGAUCGUUUGACAACUCCAACAAAUGUCUGGGCAUGCUGUGUUGCCUGUGCUGUCGUCGAACACUUAUCACGCGAUGAGCUUGAACCUACUGUUGGUGUUUGCCAAACUGAUCAUGCAUGUUCUAACGUUUCUGCAGAAACAAAUAGUGUGGCUAUCGACAUUGUUGAGGAAGAAGAAGGAAAUAUAGAAAAGAGACAAGAUAUUCAAAAUAUACACCGCUUAUAA